AUGCCGUCAUCGGACUCCGGUGAGAGCCGUCGAUCAAUCAAACCACAAAGCCGCCCCCCUGCACCUGCACCAGAGCAAGAGAAUCUCCCAUGUCCUCGUUGCGAUUCAACCAACACCAAGUUUUGCUACUACAACAACUACAACUACUCUCAGCCUCGUCAUUUCUGCAAAGCUUGCCGUAGGUACUGGACUCACGGCGGUACUCUCCGGGACAUCCCCGUUGGAGGUGGUACCAGAAAAAACGCGAAACGCUCUCGCACUCAUCAUGUUGCGGUUACUUCCUCGUCUUCCUCUUCCGCUGUCACAUCCGCACCACCGUCUUUUCCGUAUGGUUCUGUUGACGGUGAGGUAAAACAGAAUAUGAGUGUUUGCGGGAGCUUCACUUCGUUGUUGAACAACAACCAUAACCCUCAGAACUCCGGGUUUCUGGCAUUAGGUGGGUUCGGACUUGGGCUUGGACACGGACUUGGAGAUAUGGGGUUUGGGAUAGGGAGAGGGGAAUGGAGUUUUCCUGGGAUGAUGGAUGGAUCCAACAUGGGUGUGCCGGUUGUGACUUCUGGUAUCGGAAACUCGUGGCAGUUAGAAGGUGGCGAAACUGGUUUUGUGGGUGCUGAUUGUUUCUCUUGGCCUGGACUUGCGAUUUCUACACCGGGAAAUGGUCUCAAAUGA